AGUGUAACACAUCAAGUAAGUUUGCAGGAUCUAAGAGCAAAAUGUUUUGUCUGUAGCGCAGAGGAAGAGAGGAAACACAACUGAUGUUGCUUCUCUCGAAUCUAAGCGAUUACUCUGAUGUUAAAGCUGAAACCAGGUGACAUAUUUUCCAGCAAUUCUGGCAGCUGCUCAUCUUUAAUUUGAUCAAUCAGUCAAUGCAAGGACACACUCCCUGGUCAUCUUUGGUCAAUCAUCAGGUCAGUCACAACUGACCCAUGGAGGACAGCACAGAAAAUCCCAGAGCUGUGAAGGUGGAGCAGCAUUCUCAGUGUGUCAUCCUGACUUACUUCCAGGGGGACAUCAACAGCAUGGUGGAUGCUCACUUCACCCGAGCUCUUGGUAAAGUCUGCAAGGCCAAGGCUCCAGCAGCAAAGACAAAGAAAAUCCGUAAGCCUGUUAAAUUGGAAGACACCAGCCCUUGUCAGGGCAGCGCUGUUAACUCUUACACAGAGUCACAGGCCCCUCCUGUAGCGGGACGUCUCCUGACCUACAGUCCUGCAGACGACACACCAGGCUCUUGGCACUCGCUCACUGGCAGCGCAGGCGAGGGCCCGGGUUUACCAUCCAUUGCAUACUCCUUGUCCCCAGAAGGGUUGAGCCUCACUGGACGGCAAUACGCCACAUCUCUGCUCAAUCUGCUGCACAGUGACAGGGGUGAGAUGGGACCAAGUGUUGCCUCCAGCUCCAAGGCAGAACUGCUUCCAAGCUGGACGGUGCCUCAAGGGUUUAGAGAGUCUGUGGACCCUGCUGUAGGGUUUGAACCUGAUCGGCGUCUGGACAAGAAGGACUUGUACUGGUAUUGAAGAGAGUUACUGGGGCAGCAGAAACAGAGAACGGCUUCAGCUACACAACAUAAGUUAUAGCAGCUGGCCCACUGUUUAUGCGGGUAGCUGCCUCUGAGUGUCAUCUUAGAACUGGAAGAGAAGAAAAAGCAGCGCUUCCAUUCUCUGCCUCAUUUCUCAGCAAAAUGACCUCAGCACCUCAGCAUGUACUAACUGGAACAACCUUCUGAAAGGGAACAGUCUCUGACAAACCUGUUCUUCAACUCUGACAUUCCUCUUGUAGAUCUCCGAGCACUGUAAAUGUUUUUGCUCAGUUUGUAGUGGAGUUGGACGAAGGGCAUUUUCUUGUGCCUUUACCAGGCACUUCUCUCAGUGGGCCUUCACCAGUAAAUGGACCAGUAUUACAAUAUUACAUUGUGAGCCUCUUGAGUGUACAAAUAUUGUUGCUUUCUAAAGUUCACCUGAAUGAGUUCUAGUUUUUAUGGCAAUAUUUUUACAUAUCACCAAAAACAGAAAAAAAAAGGAAAGAAUAGUGAUGUAAUGUUAAUGUAUUAUUUUCUGUAAGCUCCAGUUUAAGGUAAUCUUUGAAAAGUGUUGUGUACUGUACAAAAAUGAAACCAUAUACAAACUUAAAUAAAUAUCUGAGCAAAUAA